AAUAAGAGUUAAUUCAUUUGUAAUAACAAGUUAGUUAAAAAGGUUAAAAUAUAGUUAAGGUAAUUUCAUAAGAAUUCAUAAUUAUUGUGUUUUUUAAGAUGCAUAAUUUAGUAACGUUUGAACUUUUAUGUAUUUUCGGCUUCCGACAAUAUUACGUCAUUUGACACUGCUUGCACGUAAGGUCAGAUUGCAGCUAGAGACGUCGGAAGCAACACAGUUUUUUGACCGAGCUAUAUCGAGUCUAAUGUUUGUGUAUUUUUUGUGUUUUUAAGUAAACCUUCAAAAAGAAGAUUCGGUUUCACUCGCGUUUUUCAAUUACUGGUUGUUAGACUGGCAGCAAAAGUGGUACAAGAGGACUCGCACGAAACGGAGUGCCACUACAUAAAGUCAAAAAACUAGCUUACACGGAGCAUCGCUGGAUUGCUUGGAUAACGCGGCUUGUGUGGAAAAUAGCUCGUCCGGAGAAGUUAAGAAUGAAACUGUUAAUCAUCUGAAACACUCUCCAGGAUAAGGUAUCAAAAAUUCCUUUGUACCUUUGAGCAGUGUGAAUAUAGUCCGUGAGUUCGGACGAAAAGGAAUUAACAUAACUGCAGGAACGAAGUAGCGAGCUGAAUCUCCGCCCUGUGACAGCGGAUGUGAAUCGCACAAGUGGAUUCGGUCAGUGUGGAGUUUUCUGCGAUAGUGGAAAGGUUGUUUGCACUCGGUUCAUUAAGAAAGGCAACUUUGAAAUAAGUGCUUUAAACUUUGUGCACGCAACGUGAGCAUUAACUCCGCUAUUUGUAAGAUGGCUGAUGAAGAUGAAAAAAGAUCUGUUGAAGAUAGAGUGGGGCAGGGAAGAUCACGCAAGCUAACUGAGAAGGGUUUAGAGGAGAGAUUGCAAAGACUCAUAGCAUUGAGAAGACGAACUCUGGGAACUCUAACAAGCCAAAUGAAGGAGAUGGAGGCAAUGAUGAGUGAUGCUCAAAAUGUAGAAAAUGUGCAAGAUAUAAUGGAAAACGAAUUUGCACAGUCUCUAAAUGAGUUCAAUGGACUCAACAGUGAACUUGAUAAUCUGUUGUCUGAAGAUGAAAAAAUGCUUGACUAUGAUAACUGGUUCGAACCAAAAAUGGCACUAAUCAAAGACUUCAUAAAAAAAACUAAAAGAUGGAUUGCAGUUGAGCAUAAGUCCACAGGGAAUGAAACUGUGCAGCUAGAAAAACUCAAUGUGUUAGAUGAACAACAAGAGGCUGUUUUACCAAACGACAGUAUUUCACAGAUAGGGUUCAGCAAUGCUGCAAAAGCUCGCCCAUGUGGAUCUCAUAUAAGUGGUACAUCAAGCACUUCAUGUAUAUCCUCCACACGUGCUAGACAGGAAGCAGAACAUGCAGCUCUGCUGGAACGAGCAGCAGCGCUGAAGAAAAGGCAAAAGCUUGAAUUCGAAGCAGCUAGGAUUAAGGCUGAAAAGGAAGAGUUAGCGCUGGAGACUGCGUUAGCUGAAAGUCAAGCAAAACUAAAAGUGCUUAAAGAAUAUGAAAGGUCCGAAGAUGGUACGAGUAGUAAUGCAUCAGUGCAGCAAUCACUGAGUGGGAACAUGAAGAAGGAAAGAGUAAGCAUUAUGCUACCGCAACAAGAUAAUGUGAAUGUUCAUGCACCAGCACAAGUGCAAUACCCACGAAUACCACAACAGCCACAACCAGUCUCCAAUCAAAGUACCAGAGCUCAAGCUAACAGAGAUGAUGACAUUUUGACAGUCAUGCAAAAGCAGAAUGAAAUCACCGAGCUACUUGUAAAGCAGCAACAGCUUUCUCAGCUACCGACAAAGGACAUUUCUGUGUUCAAGGGUGAUGCGCUCCAAUUCAAAUCCUUCAUGAGGGCAUUCGAGCACGCAAUUGAGCAGAAGACAGACAAUGAUCAAGAUAAAUUGUACUUUUUGGAACAGUUUACAGAUGGUGAGCCUCAAGAACUUGUUCGCAGCUGCGCUCACAUGACACCUAGUAAAGGCUAUCACGAGGCAAAGCGGCUACUUCAUAGACAUUAUGGAGAUGAGCUUAGGAUUGCCAGUGCGUAUAUUGAUAAAGCGCUCAAGUGGCCACAAGUGAAGUCAGAUGAUGGGAAAGCAUUAAAUGCUUAUGCAAUGUUUUUGAUUGCAUGCCGUAACUCAAUGGAGGACAUUGAAUUUUUAGAAGAGAUGGAUAAUCCUACCAAUCUACGGACAGUGAUAUCCAAACUGCCUUACAAAAUGAAAGAACGUUGGCGAGCUGAAGCUUUCGAGCUCAAAGAGAGAAAAGGGAGAAGAGCGAGGUUUGCUGAUUUGGUGAACUACAUAGACCGUCAAGCCAAGAUAGCAAUGGAUCCCCUUUUUGGUAAUAUAUCAGACAGCCGCCCAAUCACAGCUGGAAAGAUGGAACAAAAGGAAAAGCAACCGGCUAGGAAAGAGGUUCGUGGAAGCAGUUUCGCAACCAAUCUUGUUGCUGAAGGCAAAGCGCCUCAAGAAACACAUGUCAGGCCCACUAACACAGGUAAAAUGGUGAAUGCCUUUGAUAAACCAUGUUUGUACUGCCAGCAGUCUCACACCCUUGCUUCAUGCAGUAAGAUCAAAGGUCAGCCACAUAAAGAACGAGUGGAAUUUCUGAAAUCGAAGGGCCUAUGUUUUGGAUGUUUGGUUCCUGGCCAUCUCAGCAAAUUCUGCAAACGAAAAUUAGAGUGCAAAGAAUGUACAUUAAAGCACCCUGACAUUCUGCAUAAACUGAAGGAUGAAAGUUCUGUUUCAUCAGAAAAGAAAGAUGGUGCUCAAGGUAAAGUGUCGGGCAUUGAAGUUCCCAUCACACAAGAGUCCUGUGGCCUUACGGGGGCCGGAGAAGCUGAAUGUGUGCUGUCAAUAGUGCCGAUAAAAAUCAAGUCAAAGAACAGUGACAAGCAUGUAGAAACAUAUGCCUUUUUGGAUCCGGGAAGCUCAGCAACGUUCUGCACAGAAGACCUGCAAAAGAAAUUGAACGUGAAAGGGAAACCGACAAGAAUACUUCUUAGCACCAUGGGCCAAGAUAAAACAGGAGAAAGGCUCAUGAACAGCUUUGCAAUAUCAGACCUAGAAGUUUGUGGGCUGGAGGACACCAUGUUCAUAGAGUUACCCAAGGUGUUCACUCAUAGCAACAUACCUGUCCAUGCUGGGAAUAUACCCAAGCAAUCAGAUAUUCAGAAGUGGCCUUACCUUCAUGAAGUGAGCUUGCCAGAGAUAGACGCUGAUGUAGGCCUACUUAUUGGAGCUAACUGUUCAAGAGCAAUGGAGCCCUGGCGGAUCAUUAAUGGUCAAGCUGGAGGUCCUUAUGCAGUGAAGACAGCCAUUGGCUGGGUUGUGAAUGGACCUGUAAGGAAAGAUCUGAAUGACACAGAGAAUGAACAGCCUCACUUCUCGGUAAACAGAAUCUCUUUGGUGGAGAUUGAAAAGCUACUGGUCCAACAGUACAAUACUGAUUUUCCAGAGCGCAACUAUGAUGACAAGGAAGAAAUGUCUCAGGAAGACAAACAAUUUUUGAGGUCUGUGGAAAAGACGACAGUUUUUGAGAACGGACAUUAUAGCAUUGGAUUGCCACUCAGGAAUGAGAAGCUCCAAAUGCCUAAUAACCGUUGUGUGGCAGAACAGCGCAUAGCAUGUUUGCUCAGGAAGUUCAAGAGGAAUCCUGAAUUCUUUGAAGAUUACAAGGGUUUCAUGGAAACCAUCAUUGGAAAGGGCUACGCUGUCCAGGUUCCGACACACCAACAGAACAGAGAUGACAACAGGGUGUUCUAUAUUCCACAUCAUGGCGUCUACCACCCGAAGAAACGAAAGUUGCGGGUGGUGUUUGACUGCACAUCCUCGUUUCAGGGUAGGUGCCUAAAUAGUGAGCUACUUCAGGGGCCUGACCUGACCAACACGUUGGUUGGUGUCUUACUGAGAUUUCGUGAGGAGACAGUAGCAGUAAUGGCAGACAUUGAGUCAAUGUUCUAUCAAGUUAAAGUGCCAGAACACGAUGCAGACUUACUCCGUUUUCUUUGGUGGCCCAAUGGCAGAUUGGACGAGCCUGUAGAGGAAUUCAGAAUGACAGUGCACCUCUUUGGAGCCACUUCUUCUCCAAGUGUAUCCUCAUAUGCACUGAAAAGAACAGCGGAGGAUCACAGAGACGUUGCAUCUCCAGACGCUGUUCAGACAGUCCUGCACAAUUUUUAUGUAGAUGAUUGCUUGAGAAGUGUGGCGACAGACGAUGAUGCAGUGACCUUAGUCAGUGAUCUUAGAGCUUUGUGCAACAGUGGAGGGUUCACCUUAACAAAGUGGAUGAGCAAUAGCAGAAAGGUGUUACUGUCAAUCCCUGCAGAGCACAGAGCCAGUGAAGUGAAAGACCUGGAUUUACGACACGACACUCUACCAGUGGAGAGGACACUUGGUGUACAGUGGGACACAGAAACUGAUACUUUCACCUACAGCAUGGGGCUGCAAGACAAACCAAUAACCAGAAGAGGCAUUUUAUCAAUUAUCAAUUCUAUCUACGAUCCUCUUGGCUUUCUGGCUCCAGUCAUCUUGCCUGCUAAACUUUUGUUGAAAGAUCUUUGUAAAGAGCAACUUGGUUGGGAUGAGAAUGUUGGUGGAAAGCAUGCAGAAGAGUGGAAGAGAUGGAGGGAAGAUGUUGCUCACCUUUCCAACUUCCAUGUGUGGAGAUGUUUAAAACCCAUCAAGUUUGGAUGCACCACUGCAGCACAAUUACAUCAUUUUUCGGAUGCCUCAGAGUAUGCAUACGGCACUGUGUCUUAUCUACUGCUGGAGAAUGAACACGGCAAGAAACACUGUGCUUUUCUGAUGGGGAAGUCAAGAGUAGCUCCACUCAAACGAGUCACGAUCCCUAGACUUGAGUUGACCGCAGCAGUUGUCGCAGUGAAGGUCGACAAGAUGUUGCAUCAGGAACUUCAGGUCCCACUGCAACAAUCUGUCUUCUGGACAGACAGCACCACAGUGCUUAGAUACAUCGACAGUGAAACUGCUCGUUUCAAAACAUUUGUUGCGAACAGAAUUUCCUUGAUCCGAGAAGCAACCAAGCCAUCGCAAUGGAAGUACAUCAGAACAAAAGAAAACCCGGCAGAUCAAGCCAGCAGGGGCCUGAAAGCAAAGAGCUUGGUUCAGGGAGGAACAUGGAUAAAUGGACCAGAUUUUCUACCAAAUGAAAAUGAUUGGCCCGAACAGCCUUUUGUAUGUAAAGAAAGCCUUGACAAUGACCCAGAAGUCAAGAACACAGUCGCUGUUAACACAGUGAAAGUUGAAGAAAGUAUGGAUCCAAUGAACCAGCUGAUCAGCUAUUACUCAGAUUGGAAUAAGCUUAAACGAUCAGUGGCAUGGAUUUUAAAGGUAAAAGAUGUUCUGUGGAAAUGGAAAGAGGAAAGUAAAGGGGUAUUAACAACAAUCAAGCAAGCCGAACAGGACCCCGAAAGGAGAAGAUUAAAGAUAGAAUAGCAUAU